UUAUAAACCAAAUUCUCAUUCUCUCAUUCUCCUACUCUUUCAUUCAUAUCCUCUCUUUCAUUCUCUCUCGUCCUUGUAAUCGAGAACAUUGCUACAAUCUCUUUUUAAGUAGUCCAUGUGAAUCAAACACGACCUCUGCUGGUCCAUAACAUCAAGAAAAAGAAAAGUGUCCUGAUUUAAUUUGCUAAAGCCCAAACAUUUGACUCUUGCUAAGUCACAUUCGAUCGUGAGUCCUGCUGGAAUCUACGGAAUUAUAGAAUGCAAGCAAAAUUUGAUUUAAUAUAUGAUUAUAGUUGACCAAAAGAUUACGGAUAUUAAAGAAAGAAAAGAUUGUCGACCAAAAGAAAAAGAAGAUUACUGUCCAGGCUGGCCCCUUAUCAUAUUCUUUGUCAAUUUAGAGGAAGGUGUUAAAACUUAUCUACGAUGUAAUCAAUAUAUCAAGAUGCACUUCUAUCUUGAUUCUUAAGUAGUCAGAAAUUAGAUUUUGUGUUGACUAACUAUCACAAGAUCUUUCAUAGAUAUUGAAUUGCACAGUUGUCUUAAAAGGUAGAUGAUUUGUACAGUUUUGGGAAAUUUGCAUGUCUGAGAAAUUCGUCACGAGAAUGGAAAGUGAUAUUGAAAAAGUCUGUAGGUACGCAGCUAGUUACUCCGCAAAAAAAAAAGAAAGUUUGACGUGAGCACUUUUAACCAGUUGAACAAUUUAUUUUUAGUAGACUCAGAAGUCAAAAUCAUUUGAAAUCCACAAAAAUUUAUUCGGUUCGGCUUAGUUCAGAUAGUAAUAUCUCUAACGGUCUAAUAUCUAAAAAAAUCAAUUCGAUUACAGCUCAAUAUGAAUUUUCAGAUAACUUUAGGUAUCUGCGAUAGUACGUAACAUGUAAAAAAUCAAAUAAUUUACAUAAUUUAUAUAUUUAGAUAAAAUAUUUAAAUACUUGUAAUUCAGUUAUUAGAGUAUUAUUUAUAAAUUAAUUUUAAUUAUAAAGUAAAAUAUUAAGUUAAUCAAAUUUUAGAAGAUUGGUUAUUUUCAAAAUUAAAUAUUAUUAAUAUUUUAAAUAUAUAUACUAUUUUUGAAUAUCCGGAUACUCAUUCAAUUGUUAGUUUGGUCGAAAUAUUUUUAACUAAAAAUACAUGAAUAAUUACUAAAAUAAAACUAAAUGUUUAAAAACUUCAAUCAGUAUUAAAACUAGCAAAUGCAUACACAUUUAAAUUGAAUAACAAUAAUUAAUUAAAAGAAAUUAAAAAUGCAUAUCUACUUAAGAUAUUGGACCAUGCAUAAGUCAAACCAAAAUUAUAACAUUUAUGGUAUUCUAAAAAGUCGAAGAAACAAACAAAAAUUACUUUUUACUUUUGAUAACUGUCUUAUAUUUUACAAAAUACACCUCAUCCCGCUAAUUGAACUUUGUGUGAACGAUAACUCUUGACAAGUUUCUCUUCCACUAGUAUAAAUAUGUAUCACCUUUUCACGUUCUAUGCACAAUAACCUUAGUGAAAAGUGUAAACACUAAAACUCUUUCUCCUAACGCCUCAUCCAAUGAAGAACUCGCCAAGAAACAAAGAUGACUCACAAACCAGCGGCAUGAUGACCAUCACCAGAAUCACCACUGCAAACCGACCCUAUAUCACUAGAUCCGAAACCGCCACUAUCUUCUGCGCCAACUCCUCUUCCUACAGACAAAUCGUCCAGAUGCUCACCGGACCCUCCAUGAAUCCUAACCCAACCCACCAACCCGCCCCACCCCUGAGGUACUCACUUCCUCCGGUCAGAACCGUCCCAACCAAGAACCACUCUUCUUCUUCUUCCUCCACCAUCUACGAACGCCGCAACCAACAACUCAAGAUCAACCCGGUACGUUCCGGGUUAACCGGGAACGUUCCUUCUCUCGUUCUCACCAGCCCUGACACUCCUCUCCUGCAUGACCCGUUUGGGUCUGUUACACCCAGCCCGAGCGCUUCCGAGCCCGGAGAGUACGAUCCGAAACAUGACUCGGACGUGGAGGAGAGAGAGAUAAGAGAGAAAGGGUUUUACUUGCACCCGUCGCCGUCGUCGACUCCGACUGAUCCGAAGCCUCAACUUCUCAUUCUCUUUCCGUUGACUUCUCCUCGAGCCUCGGACUCUCCCGCCUCCUCUACCUAAGCUCAUGAAGCUCUAUUUAAUCCUAUUUAAAAUAAAUAUUAUCUAAAUUUUUAUUUCGUAACCUAUAUUUUCGUUUUGGAAGCUAAGAUUUGUGAAUGCUGCUUGUGGCUAACUAAAAAUCAUGGCUCCAUAUAUCUAUGUUGUUGUUUUCUUUACCAUCAUUUGACAUUGGGUUUCAUAAACUUAUUCAUGUAUUAUUGGAUGUUAUAAUUAUUCGUUUAAUAUCUGCUAUAUUCGUCAAGUCCUAUUGUAAUCGAAUAUCUGAAGAACAAUAUAUACAUGAUUUAAUGUUUAGUAUGAAAUUGGUUCAACAUGCUAGACAUUUAUUUAUCGGUUUUCUCACGUAUUUUAUUUUUACAUUUUCAUACAAAGAAUAGAAUAUAGUAACAAGUGCAAGAUUCAUGAAUCACACGCGAUAAAAAAUCAUCAAACUUGGUGUAAUUUAAUGUGAUAAUAUUUUCUUCUAUUCAGAAAAAGCUGAAAAUUAUACUAUUUAUCAGUCAGAGAUUUACGUAUUAAACAUUUUAAAGAAUUUAAAAAGUACAAAAUUUAGUCAAGGUAUAAUAAUAAAUGUACAUAAAUAUGAAUAGUUAGUCAAAACAUAAUAAUAAAUUUAUACAAAUCUAAAAUAUGAUAAUUAUACUAACUGCAUUUAUUAUAGAUAUGCUCUAUACUUUUCAUUAUUCGUAGUUUAGUAUAACUAAAAUAUGGUCUCAUAUUUCAGUUGCAUAACGAGUUGUGAAAAGAGAAAAAUUAGAUGUUGUUGUUGUUUUCGUUUCUCCUCGUUUAACAUUGUUUUCAUAAACCUAUUUAGGUUUUAUUAUAUGUUACAUUUAUUCGGCAUAGAUUCUUUAUGUUUUUAAGUCCUAUUGUAGUCAGAUACUUGAAUAACAAUUUACGCUUGAGUAAGUUUAUUGUGAAAUUGGUAUUUUAAUAUGCCCGACAUUUCUUUGUCUGAAUUUACAUAGUAAUAGUUAUUUAUACUUUCUGUAAAAAUAAUAGAAAAUGGUAAUAUGUACGAGAUUCAUUAACCACAAGAAAAAAUAAAUGCGUCACAAAAUUUGGUGUAAAUUAUUGUGAGAAUAUAUAUUUUUCAUUUCACAAAAAUUUGGAAAUUAUAUAAUUAAGUUCUACCAAUCAUAAAUAUAUGUAUUAAACCAUUUUUGAAAAUUUAAAAGGUAUGUAAAUUUAGUCAAAGUAUAAUAAUCAAUAUACGUGAAUAUGAAAAGUUAGUUAAAAGAUAAUAAUAAAUCUAUACAGAUCAGAAACAUGAUAAUUAUACUAAUUGCAUUUAUUAUAUAUAUACUCUACAUUUGUCAUCAUUCAAAUUUUAGUAUAACUAAAAUAUGGUCUCAUAUUUCAAUUUAAUAAGGAUUUGUGAAAGAACGAAGAGUAAUUAGAUAUUGUUGUUGUUUUCGUUUCUUCUUGUUUAACAUUGUUUGCAUAAACAUAUUCAGGUUUUAUUAGAUGUUACAUUUAUUCAUUAUAGAUUCAUUAUUUUCUUCAAAUCUUAUUGUAAUAGAAUAUCUGAAGAACAAAUUACGCUUGAGCAUGUGUGAUGUGAAAUUGGUGUUUCAAUAUGUCCGACCUUUCUUUGUCUGAAUUUACACAAUUUUAUUUUAUUUAUGUUUUUCGUAAGAAUAAUAUGUACGAGAUUUAUUAACCAUACGUGAAAAGUAAUGUGUCAGAAAUUUGGUGUAAAUUAAUGUUAGAAUAUAUUAUUCCAUUUUUACAAUUUAGAAAUAUAUAAUUAAGUUUUACCAAUCAUAUAUUUACGUAUUAAACCAUUUUAACUUAUAUAAGGUAUGAAAAUUUAGUUAAAAUAUAACAAUAAAUAUAUAUGAAUAUGAAUAGUUAGUCAAAGUAUAAUAAUAAAUCUGCACAGAUCAUAAAUAUGAUAGUUAUACUAACUGCAUUUAUUAUAGAUAUGCUCAACAUUUGUCAUUAUUCGAAGCUUAGUAUAACUAAAUUUUGUACUCAUAUUUCAAUUUCAUAAGGAUUUGUGAAAGACCAAAGAAAUUAGAUGUUGUUGUUGUUUUCGUUUCUCCUCAUUUAACAUUGUUUUCAUAAACCUAUUCAGGUUUUAUUAGAAGAUACAUUUAUUCGUUAUAGAUUAGUUAUUUCCUUCAAAUCAUAUUGUUAUCGAAUAUCUGAAGAAAAAAUUACGCUUGAGUAUGUUUAAUGUGAAAUAAUGUUUCAAUAUGCCCGACAUUUAUUUUUCUGAAUUUACAUAAUUUUAUUUUUUGUUUUUUGUAAGAAUAAUAUGUACGAGAUUCAUUAGCCAUACACAAAAAGUAAUGUGUCAAAAAUUUGGUGUGAAUUAAUGUUUGAAUAUAUGAUUCCAUUUUUACAAUUUAGAAAUAUAUAAUUAAGUCUUACCAAUAAGAUAUUUAUGUAAUAAACCAUUUUUAACUUGUAUAAGGUAUGAAAAAUUAGUUAAAAUAUAACAAGAAAUAUAUAUGAAUAUGAAUAGUUAGUCAAAGUAUAAUAAUAAAUCUACACAUAUCAUAAAUAUGAUAGUUAUAUUAACUGCAUUUAUUAUAGAUAUGCUCAACAUUUGUCAUCGUUCGAAGCUUAGUAUAACUAAAUUAUGUACUCAUAUUUCAAUUUCAAAAGGAUUUGUGAAAGACCGAAGAAAUUAGACGUUGUUGUUGCUGUUUUUGUUUCUCCUCAUUUAACAUUGUUUUCAUAAAACUAUUCAAGUUUUAUUCGAAGUUACAUUUAUUCGUUAUAGAUUCAAUAUUUUCUUCAAAUAAUAUUGUUAUCGAAUAUUUGAAGAACAAAUUACACUUGAGUACGUUUAAUGUGAAAUAGUGUUUUAAUAUGUCCGACAUUUCUUUGUCUUAGUUUACACAAUUUUUAAAUAUUUUUCAUAAGAAUAACAGAAAAUUGAAAUAUGUACGAGAUUCAUUAACCACACGUGUGAAAAGUAAAUGAGUCAAAACAUUUGUGUGAAUUAAUGCUAGAAUACUUUUUUUUCAUUUGAAACCUUUUUGAUAAUUAUAUAAUUAAGUUUUACCAAUCAGAUAUUUAUGUAUUAAACCAUAUUUAAAUUUUAUAAGGUACGCAAAUUAGUCAAAGUUUAAUAAUAAAUAUAUGAAUAGUUAGUCAAAAUAUAGUGAUAUAUCUAUACAGAUCAUAAAUAUAAUAGUUAUACUAACUGCAUUUAUUAUAGAUAUGCUCUACAUUUGUCAUCAUUCAAAAUUUAGUAUAAAUAAAAUAUGGUCUCAUAUUUCAAUGUCAUAAGGAUUUGUGAAAGAGUGAAGAAAUUAGAUGUUGUUGUUAUUUUAGUUUCUCCUCGUUUAACAUUGUUUUCGUAAUCCUAUUCAUGUUUUAUUAGUUGUUACAUCAAUUCAUUAUAGAUUCAUUAUGUUUUCCAAAUUCUAUUGUAAUCAAAUAUCUGAAGAAUAAAUUACGCUUGAGUACGUUUAAUAUGAAAUUAAUGUUUUAAAUAUGCCCGACAUUUUUUUGUCUGAAUUUACACUAUUGUUUAAUGAUUUUUCCUAUAAAUAACAGGAUAUUCUAAUAUGUACGAUAUUCAUUAACCACACGUGAAAUGCAUCAAAAUUUUGGUUCAAAUUAAUGUUCGAAUGAUUAUAUAAUUAAGUUUUAUCAAUUUAUGUAUUAAACGAUUUUUAAAAUUUUUAUAAUGUAUGAAAAUUUAGUCAAAGUAUAAUAAUAAAUAUACAUAAAUAUGAAUAGCUAGUCAAAAUAUAAUGAUAUAUCUAUACAGAUCAUAAAUAUAAUAGCUAUAUAUAUACUAAAUGCAUUUAUUAUAGAUAUGCUCUAAUUUUGUCAUUAUUUGAUAGCUAAAAUAUGGUCUCAUAUUUCAAUUUCAUAAAGAUUUGUGAAAGAUGCAAUAAAUUAGAUAUUGUUGUUUAUGUGUAUCCUCGUUUAAGACUGUUUUAAUAAACAUAUUCAAGUUUUAUUACAUGUUACAUUUAUUCUUUAUAGAUUCAUUAUGUUCUUCAAAUCCUAUUGUAAUCAAAUAUCUGAAGAACAAAUUUCGCUUGAGUAAAUUUAAUGUGAAAUUGAUGUUUCAAUAUGCCCGACAUUUCGUUGUCUGAUUUUGCACAAUUUAUUUAUUAUGUAUUUCCUAAAAAUAACAUAACAUUGUAAUAUGUAUGAGAUUCAUUAACCACACAUAAAAAAUAAAUGCGUCAAUAUUUUUCAAUUAAUAUUAGAAUUGUUUUUUUCAUUUCACAAUAAAUUGGAAAUUAUAUAUUAUGGUUUAACCAAUCAGAUAUUUAUGUAUUAAACCAUUUUCUAAAUUUUACAAGGUAUGAAUAUUAGUCAAAUCAUAAUGAUAAAUGAUAGUUAUUCUAACUUCAUUUAUUAUAUAUAUGCUCUACAUUUGUCAUCAUUCAAGUUUAAUAUAACUAAAGUAUGGUCUCCUAUUUCAAUUCAUAAGGACUUAGAAAAAGCCAAGAAAUUAGAUUUGUUGUUGUUUUUCGUUUCUCCUCUUUUAACAUUGUUCUUAUAAACCUAUUCAAAGUUUGUUAGAUGUUACAUUUAUUCGCUAUAAAAAUAUUAUGUUCUUUUAGUCCUAUUGUAAUUACUUAAAGAAAAAUUAUGUUUGGGUACGUUUAGUGUGGAAUUGGUAUUUCAAUAUACCUGACAUUUCUUUGUUUGAAUUUACACCCAUUGUAAUAUGUACGAAAAUCAUGAAUCACACGUGAAAAGAAAACACGUUAAAAAAAUUAGUGAGAAUUCAUGUUAGAAUAUAUUUUCAUUUCACAAAAUUUGGAAAUUAUACGAUUAAGUUUUAUUAACCGGAUAAAUUAUAUGAUUAAGUUUUAUUAAUCGGAUAUUUAUGUAUUAAACUAUUUUCAAAUUUAAAAUGUAAGAUUCAAAUCUAAAAUGUAAGAAGUUUAGUUAAAAUAAAAUAAUAAAUAUACAUGGAUAAGAAUAAUUAAUCAAAAUAUAAUAAUAAACUUAUACACAUAUAUAACCAUUAUACUAUAGCUGCAUUUAUUAUAGAUAUUUUCUCCAAGUGUCAUCUUUAGAAGUUUAGUAUAACAAGAAUAUGGUCUCAACUUUCAAUUGCAUAAAUAUUUGUGAAUUGAGUAAAUAAACUAGAUGUAGAUGUGUAGAAAAAUGCUGGGAAGGUUUUUUUUUUCUUUUUUGAAUUCCAAGAAAUUUUGGUGGAAUCUCGUAAUUUGAUCUCCAUAUUCGAAGCCACACUAUAAUAUUAGUUUCAUGUUAACGAUCAUUCGAAUCGGGGAUCUUUGAUACAAUGGCCAAAGUCUAACGAUACCAUGUGAGAAUUUUUUUUGUUUAGUCUAACUUUUAUAAGUGCAAAAAGGAUCUAUAAAGUGAUAUUAAGGGUCGUCUUGGAUUAUGAUAUUAAAAGUCGUCUUGGAUUAUGAUACUAAGGAUCGUCUAAAUACAAUUUUGACUUUUAUUUGAAGAUAGAAAUACAAUCAUACAAUAUAAACGUCGUCAACAAUUUCAAUUUUAUGUCCAUUUUUUUCCCAUUUAUAAAGCCUAUUAUUUAACGUAGAUCACAAGGUAUUGCUUACUUAUAGACAUAAAUUAAACACAACGUCGAGAAAUAUAAAAGGAUACCAAUAGAAUGCAUCAUGAUCAUAAAUAUAAGAGAAAAUAAAAUUAAAGAUCACUGAGAGAAAAAC